CUACUGUGGGUGAAUUCCCAGGCUUGAGUGUAGCGUCACUCCUGCCCUGCUCUCUCUGCUUGAUGCAGCGAUGAUGAGGGGCGGUCGUCUGCAGCUAUUAUGCCUCUUGUCGUCACAGCAGCAGUCUUUUAGCAACAGUGUGGAACACAGCCCCGCGGCUCUCAAUGUGAGCAACCUACUCGGGAUAUAACGCGGUAACACGAUGGCUACGGAAAACUUGGAAUUGAACGGUGUUGCUGACCGAAACGGCGAGCCCGAGGUCCCGCAGCCAGGCCUCUGGAGGAGGCAACAGAGACCUCUGAACAUGAACCAUUACGCCAAUAAGAAGAGUGCAGCAGAGAGCAUGCUGGAUGUGGCUCUACUGAUGGCUAAUGCCUCACAGCUGAAGGCGGUGCUGGAGCAAGGACCAGACUUUACCUUCUAUGUGCCCCUUAUUACGCUCAUUAGCAUCUCCCUCGUCCUGCAAAUCGUGGUAGGAGUUUUGCUCAUCUUCAUUGUUAAGUGGAACCUGAAUGAUGAAAGCAUGCACUUCAAGUUGAACAUUAUGGAGAAUUUCGCCACAGCCUUCGUCUUCAUCAUAGUAGUGGUCAACGUCUUCAUCACAGCCUUUGGUGUCCAGCGGCCCAACCCAAGUGCUUGAUCACCCUUUAGAUGACUCUCCACUCUCCUGAUGAACUUAGUAAAGAUGCACCUCCACAUGAUUUGUGAAAA